GGGAACGUUGGACAACGGUUUAAGCAUCCUGACGAUGGUGACAGGGGCAAGGAUACGAUACGAUCCUUUCACAACUCAUUCAGAAGCUUUCACUGCAUUCAGAUUAUCCUUUUUUUUAUAAUGCUUCGGAGAUGGAAACUCCUCAAGAAGUGUGUUUGAAACGAACACGCUCCCACUGGCAUUACGCUGACACUUCUCGUUACCAUGACAACAGUCCAAACAAACACGGGCCUUUGAUAUUAUCCUUCUAAACAAAACUUCGUUCUAGGUAUCAGUUUCCCCGCGCAAGAUGAGUGAAGAAUUCGGUAAAUCCGGUCUGUACAUCGACGAUCUGUACACGCUACGUGUGAUCGACCCGGAAGUAGCAAACGAAACCAACGAGCUGAAAGAUGAGUGUGAAAGGUUUACCGAGAAACUUACCGAUUUUCGUCGUAUCAUUGACCAGUUCGCGAACAUUGUCGAGGUGUUUGCGGCCGAGGUGGAUCAGGAAAAGAUGCGUGCGGUCGGUGUGCAGAACAUGCUGAAAACCUUCUCCAAACAGCGUGAAUCGGAACAGCAACAGAUACAGAGUGAAAUAAUCGAGAAAAUGGUAGAGCUGGAUAAGCUGAAGAUAGAAUAUCAAUAUCUGCAACGCAUCGAAUCGGAGCAACAGGAAAUGAUCGAUAAUUUCUACCAAAAUCAAUAGCCUUGGCAAUAGAGUCAAACACAAUAC